UCAAUGUGUUGUCUAGAUCGAAAAAGAUCGUCGUAAUCGGUUUGGCAAUUAUAUCACAGCGUUCAGUGGCCAUUACACCGUCAGUUGAGAACAAUUUAAUAAUCCUAUCACACUGUUACCGGAAUUGGCGAUGAAAUUCUGCAGAAGCGCAGGAUUAUGUUGUUAUCAAAUGGAAAGUUGCUGGUUGAAUAAAUUUUAAGAAGGACGUACAAAGCAACUGAAGUGAUGGGCAAAAGGGGGCAUAAGAAAAUGCCAAUCGAAAAGAGACAUUCGAAGCGUGUUCAUCCAAGAGAUGGAUUCUGCUACAUGUAAUCAACAAAAAAUGAACACGCACACGUUGCAUUUCUGACAGUUUUGCGAAUCAACGCGCUAUCGGUUGUUCCCGUCGUUCCGGAUUGAUUGGCCGUGUUGAUUCAGCUCCCAUAAGCACUCAAAAGAUGCAGGAACUAACGGAAAGCAUCCUCCAGUACAUUGAACAGCAUGGUGACGUGGAUACGUUGGAUUUGGUGCCGGUUUUCGGCGAAGAUCACCAGAAGAUUGUCGGGGCUGUGAAAAGUAUUGAAUCAACUGCUGCUGAUGUCAUUAAGACGGAUCAGAUAACCAAUAAAUGUUGGGAGCUGACCGGUGAAGGCAAAGAAAUCUUGACCAAGGGAAGUCAUGAAGCUGUUGUUUUCAAUAGCGUCCCUCCUCAAGGUAUCAGCCAGGCGGAUUUAAUGAAAAGCUCCCCCAAUGCUAAGGUUGGUUUUAGCAAGGCCAUGUCCAAUGGGUGGAUCUUGAUGGACAAAUCCGGUGGAGCUCCGCUGAUCAAGCGAAAGGUGGAAAAGAUUGAGGAUGUUGUGAGAAGCCAUGUGAAAGCGAUCUCAGAAGGCAAGGACAAAGAGGUACCGGACGGUGUUAAGAACGAAUACAAGAAACGGAAAAUUUUGGCCGAGUCCGUUACCAAAAGUUUCCGGCUUAGUAAAGGACCGGAAUUUUCGACAAGUUUGAAAAAGCUCGAGACAGAUUUAACCGUGGAAAUGUUAGCUUCCGGUAUUUGGAAAGAUUUAAAAUUCAAACCUUACAACUUCGAUGCCUUAGGUGCGAAUCCUGAACGCGGCCAGUUGCAUCCCCUGAUGAAAGUUCGUUCAGAGUUUCGGCAGAUUUUUUUGGAAAUGGGUUUCUCUGAAAUGCCAACGAACAAUUUUGUGGAGUCAAGUUUCUGGAACUUUGAUGCGCUUUAUGUGCCACAACAACAUCCGGCUCGUGAUCAACAGGACACUUUUUUCGUAUCCCAUCCCCAGUUGAGUAACAAAUUCCCAACCCAUCUUCUGGGUUCGGUAAAGGAUGCUCACGAGUCCGGAACCGAUGGUUCAGUUGGAUAUCGGUACGACUGGAAGCUGGAAGAAGCUCAAAAAAAUGUUCUCCGAACUCACACUACUGGAGUUAGUGCUAGGAUGCUUUAUAAAAUAUCUAACCAACCGGGUGGAUUCAAGCCGGUUAAAUAUUUCAGCAUAGAUAAAGUCUUCCGAAACGAAACACUCGAUGCCACACAUCUGGCAGAAUUUCAUCAAGUGGAAGGAGUUGUCGCUGAUUAUGGAAUAACUCUUGGGGAUCUGAUCGGCACUUUCAAUGCAUUCUUCAAUAAACUUGGAAUUACCGAGCUGGAGUAUAAGCCAACUUUCAAUCCGUACACCGAACCGUCAAUGGAAAUAUUCUGUUUCCAUCCAGGAUUGCAACGUUGGAUUGAGGUAGGUAACAGUGGAGUCUUCCGACCGGAGAUGCUGCGUCCACUGGGCGUGCCUGAAGGUGUUAAUGUGAUUGCUUGGGGACUUUCGCUGGAACGCCCUACCAUGAUCAAGUACGGCAUCAAUAACAUUCGUGAUUUGAUUGGACCGAAAGUAGAUCUGCGGAUGGUGCAGGAUGGACCAAUCUGUCGAAUGAAUCAUUAGAAAGAUUACUCUGUUCCUUUCAGAGUUUGAUACACAAGCAAAUAUACCUUCUGUCAGAA